CCACCCAAAAAUAAAACCCUCUCGCUCCUAAAAAAUCUAUUCUCUCUCUCUCUCUCCUCCCCUUCUAUCUCUCGCUCUACCCCUCGCUUCUCCAUCCUCCUACGACGCGGAGCUCUGAAAACCCUACUUUCCACCUUGAACGAUCGAUCGAGUUCUGUGUUUUGAUGCAGAGAUUUGGAGAUUGCUAUGGGUGGGAUUAAUUGAGAUUAUCCUCAGCAUGCGAUUUGAACCCCCCCCAUGGGGGGUUAAUGAAGAAGAUGUUGAGAUAAUUCAUUGGAUUUGGAGAGAGUUGGGUUUGCUGAGAAUUGUUAAUUUGACGAGCUGGGAUUGGUGUCAGGUAUAUAUGUGCUACAGAGAAUAGGACAUAGAGCCUGUUUGGUCUAGCUAUUGGUUGGGCUAUUGGAGAGGUGCUGUAAGAUGCGAUGUUGUGCUGUUGAAAAAAGCUUUAAAGUGUUUGGCUAAUCAUGUUAUAGAAGUGCUAUAAAUUACAAAGAGCUGUUUGGGUGCUGUGUUAGUAGGGUGCUGUGAUUUUUUUAUUUUUGUCUUAAGAAAACAGGUGCUUUGAUUGUUAAUUGUAAUAUAGACGCUGCUGCUUGGCUUGCUCCUUUAGCUGUUAGGGAGGAUUCUCAGAGGGGCUUAGUAUGUCUGCGUCAUGUGAGAAGUGGAUUGAUGGGCUACAAUUUUCAUCUCUCUUCUGGCCACCACCACAAGAUGAGCUACAGAGGCAGGCACAAAUUAUGGCCUAUGUUGAAUACUUUGGUCAGUUCACCUCAGAGCAAUUUCCAGAAGAUAUAGCUCAGCUGAUCGAAAUUUGUUAUCCAUCUAAAGAAAGGCGCUUAGUGGAUGAAGUGUUGGCAAUAUUUGUUCUUCAUCAUCCAGAGCACGGUCAUGCUGUUGUCCAUCCGAUUCUUUCACGUAUAAUAGAUGGGACAUUAUCUUAUAAUAAAAAUGAUCCUCCAUUCAGCUCUUUCAUAUCUCUUCUCAGCCGAACUAAUGAGAAAGAAUAUUCAGAACAAUGGGCUUUGGCAUGUGGAGAAGUACUAAGGGUACUGACACACUACAAUCGGCCAAUCUAUAAGGUUGAGCAUCAGCAGAAUGACAUAGAGAGGAGUAGCAGUGGUGAUUAUGCCACUACAAGUGGCUCAAAGGAGAAAAAUAUUCGGCAUCCUCUUCUAAAUGAACAUGAACGGAAGCCAUUGCGACUGUUAUCUCCUUGGAUCACUGAUUUACUGCUUGCUGCUCCAUUGGGCAUUCGGAGUGACUAUUUUCGAUGGUGUGGCGGUGUCAUGGGAAAAUAUGCAGGUGGUGGAGAAUUAAAGCCCCCAACCACUGCUUGUAGCCGUGGAUCUGGAAAGCAUCCCCAGCUUAUGCCAUCCACUCCAAGAUGGGCUGUCGCCAAUGGAGCUGGAGUCAUACUUAGCGUCUGUGAUGAGGAAGUAGCUCGUUAUGAAACUGCAAAUUUGACCGCAGCUGCUGUUCCUGCACUUCUGCUUCCUCCCCCCACAACUUCCUUAGACGAGCAUCUAGUAGCUGGGUUGCCCGCUCUUGAACCAUAUGCACGCUUGUUUCACAGGUACUAUGCAAUUGCCACUCCAAGUGCAACACUACGGCUUCUACUUGGACUUCUUGAAGCACCACCAUCAUGGGCUCCGGAUGCACUUGAUGCUGCCGUGCAACUUGUUGAACUCCUUAGAGCAGCUGAGGAUUACGCAACGGGAAUGAGGCUCCCAAGAAAUUGGAUGCAUUUACAUUUUUUGCGUGCAAUUGGCACUGCAAUGUCCAUGAGAGCUGGUAUUGCUGCAGAUGCAGCAGCUGCUUUACUUUUCCGUAUACUGUCACAGCCUACAUUACUUUUUCCUCCAUUAAGACAUGCUGAAGGAGUUGAAGUCCAUCAUGAACCAUUAGGUGGCUAUAUAUCAUCAUACAAAAAACAGUUAGAAGCUCCUGCUUCUGAAGCCACUAUUGAGGCAACCGCACAAGGAAUUGCUUCAAUGUUAUGUGCUCAUGGCCCAGAUGUUGAGUGGAGAAUUUGUGCUAUCUGGGAAGCUGCUUAUGGGCUUCUGCCUCUGAGUUCCUCAGCUGUUGAUUUGCCAGAUAUUGUAGUCGCCGCCCCCUUACAACCUCCUACUUUAUCAUGGAGCUUAUAUUUACCUCUUCUAAAAGUUUUGGAAUAUCUCCCUCGAGGAAGCCCGUCUGAAGCAUGCCUUAUGAGGAUCUUUGUGGCCACAGUUGAAGCUGUACUUAGGAGGACUUUUCCUUCAGAAACUUCUGUUGAUCAAUCAAGAAAAUCAAGAUCUCAUGGCAGUAUGUGGUCUACAACUAGGAAUCUAGCUGUCGCUGAGCUUCACACUAUGAUUCAUUCUUUGUUUAUGGAAUCUUGUGCUUCUAUGGAACUCGCCUCCCGGUUACUGUUUGUAGUAUUAACUGUUUGUGUUAGUCACGAAGCUUCGCCAGGUGGAAGUAAAAGACCGACAGGUUACAACAGGCACUCUUCUAAUGAAAUCCAUGAGGACCCACAAAUUGUCAAUGGAAAAACAACCGAAAAACAGAAAAACAAGAAAAAACAUGGACCGGUUGCAACAUUUGAUUCGUACAUUCUAGCUGCUGUAUGUGCCUUGGCCUGUGAGCUUCAGCUGUUUCCUUUGAUUUCCAAAAAUGGCAUCCGUUUGGAUUCUAAAGAUUCCUCCAAAAUCAGCAAAGCUGCAAAACACAAUGGUGUUAAUAGUGAGUUGCAGAACAGUAUAAAUUCUGCAGUAUGUCACACUCGUAGAAUACUUGGAAUAUUGGAAGCCCUUUUUUCAUUAAAGCCAUCAUCGGUUGGUACAUCGUGGAGUUACAGUUCAAAUGAGAUUGUAGCUGCAGCUAUGGUCGCAGCACAUGUAUCAGAACUAUUUGGGCGAUCAAAGGCAUGCAUGAAUGCUCUCUCCGUGCUGAUGCGGUGCAGGUGGGACCCAGAAAUUUCUGCUAGGGCUUCAUCUCUUUACCACCUAAUUGAUAUUCAUGGUAAAACAGUUGCCUCCAUAGUUGACAAGGCUGAGCCCCUCGAAGCGCACUUGGUGUGUACGAGCAGCAGAAAAAUGGAUAUCCUUGAGCAAGAUGAAGCUUCUUCAAGCUCACAAUCUAAGGAGGGCUCUUCUGGACCACUAUUGAAAUGCGAGCAAGCCCUUUUGUCGAAUGAUGAUAUUGCUAGUGCUUCGGAGAAAAGUGUCAGGAGUUUGCCUGUGGAUGCUUCAGACUUGGCAAAUUUUCUUACGAUGGAUCGGAAUGUGGGAUAUAAAUGUGGUUCACAAGCAUUUCUAAGAUCUGUACUUGCAGAGAAGCAGGAGCUGUGCUUCUCUGUUGUUUCGCUAUUGUGGCAUAAGCUGAUCGUUGCACCGGAAACACAGAUGAGUGCGGAAAGUACGUCCGCUCAUCAGGGCUGGAGACAGGUGGUGGACGCUCUUUGCGAUGUUGUUUCUGCUUCACCUACGAAAGCCUCAACUGCUAUUGUCCUACAGGCAGAAAAGGAUCUGCAGCCAUGGAUUGCAAGGGACGGUGAACAGGGCCAGAGAAUGUGGAGAGUCAACCAGAGAAUUGUUAAGUUGAUUGUCGAACUCCUGAGAAAUCACGAUAGCCCUGAGACUUUAAUCAUUCUUGCUAGCGCUUCAGAUCUUCUUCUACGUGCCACAGAUGGAAUGCUUGUUGACGGUGAAGCAUGCACGUUGCCCCAGUUAGAGCUCCUGGAAGUAACAGCUAGAGCAGUCCAUCUUGUCGUUCAAUGGGGAGAAACGGGCUUGGCAGUUGCUGAUGGCCUCUCAAAUCUUCUGAAGUGUCGUCUAUCAGCUACAAUCCGUUGCCUUUCUCACCCAAGCGCGCAUGUUCGCGCCCUCAGCACUGCAAUUCUUCGUGAUAUCAUCCACAGCAGCUCGACCACGUCUGCUAAUCCUGCUUACCGCUUAACCACGGGCUUCACCAACUGGCUAGCAGAUAUUGACAAGUGCUUAAAAUGGGAAGCACAUAGCCGGCGUGCAACCGGUUUAACACUCUCUUUCCUUGAUUCUGCUGCCACGGAGUUAGGGUGCCCGCUUCACUGUUGACAUCCAUGCAGAAUGACUCUAUCAUGAUACAUCGAUUCACCACCUAAGAGUAAAUUUGGCACUAAACUGCUGAACUGUAAGAUUGAUUAUGAUUAUUUAGUCUUGUAACUUAAUUGUUUGGUUUCAAGUCUGUAGGCAAAGAAACAGCUCUCGUUUUAUUUUUCGUUGUAGAUAAUGAUGCAACUGUUAUUCCCCAUCAUUGGAUGAUGUAACUUAAAAGAAGUUGGGUAUCAUUAUAGCAACAUUCCUUAAAUCUAGCUGAGUCUUGUUAUUAUUUAUGUCUAAUAUUGAUGACAAAUUCUCAGUGCAAACUGAAUGAAGGUUAA